AUGCUGAAGAUGUUGGUGAGCAUGAAACUAAGGUUAGUUUCUCGCUAUUGGAGUCGGUUUUUACUGCUUUUGCAACAGCUAUUGUACAAUGUGGUGUCGAGCUCGAUGAAUAUGAGAAAAAGUGGCGUAUUGUUGACGGAAAUGCCUUCAACGCCGUCUUGAGACUGUGCUUCACCAACUUUCCUCAAGCAUGGAACCGUUUUCUCUCGUUGAAGCACAACCACGCUCCAACAAAGAAGGAAAGACGUGACCCCAAUUUCAAAACGUUGUUGCAACCAUUGAUAAAAGCAUACCUGAAGCUGAUUUCCAAGUUUUUACCGCAUAUCCAAGAUGCGAAUGUAAGAGUGGUUGUUUUGAAACAUUUGACUCAGAUCACCGACUACUGUGCUACUUACGAUGGCAUAGCGCGGGCAUUGAUUCGACCUCUGAUUGAAACGUGGGCUUCAAAGGAAGAUAGUGCGAGAGUGCUGGCCUUUCUGUGCAUCAUCAAACUAGUGAGAAUGUUUCAUGUCUCCAUGAUCGAUUUCGUACUCAGG